AUGGACUCAGACCACAACAUGGUGAUAGCCACCGUCAACCUCGGUGACAGGCUUGCCCACAACCGAGCAGUCCGGACUAAACCGAAACAGAAGAAGUUCCACCGACGGGAACUGCAGGUGGAAGCAACGCGAUGGGCGGUGACUGCGCGGUUCCUCCUGAACCUCGACCAACGGCAGGGCGAACGAGCGACCACCUCCCCUGAGAAGGCGACCGAGUUCACCAAUGCUUUCCUCGAAGCGGCGAGGGCGAUACUAGCUGAGGAACCGCGGAUACGACGCACGCAGGAAUGGUGUGAGACCCCUGAGACAAGAGCAGCAUUGGAGGAGGCCCUCACCAAACGGCGGGAAGCGCGUCGAGCGAUGAAGUACAACGUGAACACAAUGUCGUGGAGGGCCAUCAAAGCAGCAUAUGUGACGGAACUCGAAGCGAUCUACAAGGACCGCGAUAUGAGAGGCCUCUACCAACACCUCAAGAGAUCAGUGGGGCUCAGUGGGAGACAAGCGAGAAGACAGCAGCCCGUUGCGGACGAGUAUGGCGUGCUGCUCCGGAGAAAGAACUACAUCUCCCAGCGAUGGGCGAGAUUCUUCGGCACCCUCCUCAACACCAAGUCCCCCACCCUGAACCCAGACAUCAUCGAACAAGUGACGCAGCGACCGGCGACACGUGCCACUCGACGGUUGGGGNUCCUGAACCUCGACCAACGGCAGGGCGAACGAGCGACCACCUCCCCUGAGAAGGCGACCGAGUUCACCAAUGCUUUCCUCGAAGCGGCGAGGGCGAUACUAGCUGAGGAACCGCGGAUACGACGCACGCAGGAAUGGUGUGAGACCCCUGAGACAAGAGCAGCAUUGGAGGAGGCCCUCACCAAACGGCGGGAAGCGCGUCGAGCGAUGAAGUACAACGUGAACACAAUGUCGUGGAGGGCCAUCAAAGCAGCAUAUGUGACGGAACUCGAAGCGAUCUACAAGGACCGCGAUAUGAGAGGCCUCUACCAACACCUCAAGAGAUCAGUGGGGCUCAGUGGGAGACAAGCGAGAAGACAGCAGCCCGUUGCGGACGAGUAUGGCGUGCUGCUCCGGAGAAAGAACUACAUCUCCCAGCGAUGGGCGAGAUUCUUCGGCACCCUCCUCAACACCAAGUCCCCCACCCUGAACCCAGACAUCAUCGAACAAGUGACGCAGCGACCGGCGACACGUGCCACUCGACGGUUGGGGGCGGUGCCAGACCUCGAGGAAGUGGAACGGGCAACGAAAGGACUGCAGAACUUGAAGGCACCCGGCAAUGACUACCUCCCUGCAGCUUUGCUCAAGAUCGACGUCGACGACAAGGAACCCAUCGUCCCGAAGCACCUCCGUGCCAUCCUCGGUGAGGUGUUGUACGAGAAGGGUGACCGGUCCAACUGCAACAAUUUCAGGGGGAUCUCGCUCCGAUCUCACGUAGGCAAGGUCCCCAUCAAGAUCAUCACCAACCGCCUAAGCGCCUUCUGCGAAACCAACAACAUCCUCCCAGAGCAACAAUGCGGGUUCCGACCUGGGCGAUCCACCAUCGACAUGCUGUUUGUCGUACGCCGACUGCAAGAGUUUGGGCAGAGAAGGAAAAUACCACUCUACAUGUGCUUCGUCGACAAGAAGGCGCAUGAUUCGGUGAACCGAGAGCUGCUGUGGAAGGUGCUGGCUAGGGCCGGGAUUCGAGGAGAUGAUCGCCGUCAUCCGCCAAUGCCACGACGGAAUGCGAGCUCGGGUGCGCAUGGACGACGGUGA